UGUAGUUGCAUUCCACAAGUCUCCUUUUGAUUAAUUUUGUCUUUUCAACUUGUUUGGUUUGGUUUCAUGAAGUCACGUGAAGCUCUUAUUAGGUCUACGCUAGCAAGAAGAGCGAUUGAUCCCCUUUAAAAGUGAUUUGCUUCUGUGUAUGUUACGACCUUUUUGCUUCCUUUUUCUCUCUCAUUUCAAUUCUUGUCCCCCUUCUGAUCUCUCUUCCAUCUUUACUGGACAACAGGUUGAGAAAGAAAAAGAAUUGAACUCUAUUAUUUCCUUCAUUUCUCUCUCUCUUGAUCCCAUGACUCCAAAUUUUCAUUCACCCCUUACUCCUUUUCCUUUAGACCUAAAAGAAGAUCAACAUCACCAGUUAUUCUUUUUAAAUUCUCAAUCUUCAACUUCAGCUUCUUCAUCUUCUUCUACCGCCCCAUGUCCUAAUUUCUUCGAGACAGCUCAAGAACAAGCUGGAGGAUAUUAUCAAAAGGAGAUGUAUCAAUUACAACACCAACAAGAGGCUAAGAUAUUUGUUUCACAAGAGGGAUCAUGGGAUCAUCAGACGACAGUGACAAACAAGAGUGACAGUGGGCUCAAGUUCUCUAUCUGGAAGAAAGAAGAGAGAAAUGAAAAUCAGAGUGAGAAUAGUACUUCGGUUAAGUGGAUGUCUUCAAAGAUGAGGUUGAUGAAGAAGAUGAUGCAUUCGGAUGAUGGUGAUAAUAUACCAAAUAACUCUAUGCAAAAGUUUGAAGAUCAUCAUAAGCAACCAUCAGAAACCAAUCACAACAAUUCCUACACUACCAAAAACAAGACCACCACCACAAUUAGGGUUUGUGCUGAUUGUAACACAACUAAGACCCCUCUUUGGAGAAGUGGACCUAGAGGUCCCAAGUCACUGUGCAACGCCUGUGGAAUUCGGCAAAGGAAAGCGAGACGGGCUAUGGCGGCGGCGGCGGCAGCAGCUGCCAAUGGCACUGCACUUGCAGCUGAUACUAAAUCUAAGAAAAGUAAGGUGCACCACAAAGAUAAGACAUCAUCAAGUAAUAAUAGCUCUCUUCCAUUCAAGAAAAGGUGCCAAUUUGGCUCCCCGUCACGGGGCAAAAAGAAGCUUUGUUUCGAAGACUUGACAAUAAUCUUGAGUAAGAAUUCAGCUUUUCAACGAGUUUUCCCUCAAGAUGAGAAGGAAGCCGCGAUCCUACUAAUGGCUCUAUCAUAUGGCCUUGUUCAGGGUUGAGUUUUUGAAGAAUUCAUCUUAAUUAUUUCCCUUUAAUUUUAGAUUAUUUUGUUAUUUAGCUUAGGACUAGCUAAGCUUGAUAAAAGUGUAAGCGUGAAGUACUUUAGUUUAAUUACGAAAUCAAAUUAUGGAGUGAGAGGAAACAAAAUUUAAGAAGAAAGAAAUGAAGUUAUUGUGUGUGGAGAAUUAAUUUUAGAGGUUGUUGAUGAUCAUAAUCAACCAAAUCAUAUCGAUCGAUCUCUCUUGUUCAUUCAUCUACAUCUUAUUUUGCUGUCCACUUAAUAAAGUU